AUGAUCCAGCAGAUUCAACAGGCUGUGAGUAUUGCAAAUUCUUCAACUGAAAGUCCAGACUUGAAAAAGCAGGCGCUAGACUUUCUAGAACAGGCCAAAUCAAGCGAAAAUGCAGCACAAGUGUUCUCAUCGCUUUUGCAGGACACCAAUAGCAGUGACAUUACCAAGUUUGUUGCGCUGCAGGUGCUGAGCGAUCUUGUAUUACAAAGCUCUGGUGAACAGCUCUUAUUUAUCAAGAACACUUGCGUGGAGCUGCUCCGAGACAAAGUGGCGAAAAACAGCCAGGACCCGGAGUACGUGCGCAAUAAGAUAGCGGAGUUGGUGGCGCGUCUUUUUUACUGCAUGUACGGAGACGUCAAUUCACAUUUAUGGUCGCAGUUUAUGCAGGACCUUCUCCAGACGCUAAACGUUGCAGUUCUACAGGCCGGGCCUUCGAAUGAGUAUUCACCAUUAGGGUUGGACUAUCUACUUAAAACCUGUCUUUCCAUCAAUUCAGAGAUUGCCGAUCAAACAUUCGUGAGAUCCAAGGAAGUUCAAGUAAAGAACAAUAGUUUGAAGGAUGACAUGAGACUACGAGACGUCCCACUACUGGCGUCACUUUGGUUCAAUGUGCUGAAAACAGUGCAUAAUCAGACCGACCUUGCUCAGCUAGCUAACCUUACACUCUCUUGCAUUGGUUCAUACAUUUCAUGGAUAGAUAUCAACUUGAUUGUGAACCCCGAAUAUAUUAAUGUCAUUUACGAGUUUUUGGACCAUCCCCACUCUAAAAUCGCAUGUGCACAGUGCUUAUGUGAAAUAAUUUCUAAGAAAAUGAAACCCGGGGAUAAACUCGCUCUAUUGGGUAUGCUCAAUUUAACAGACAAAGUUGUGAGUAUAGGCAAUGAUGAUCUAGAAGUCCAGGAGCAAAUGGCCAAACUUGCCUCUUCAGUAGGUGUCGAGUUGACUGUCAUUCUUGAUCAAUGUAACGAUGGUAACCCGGGACCUGACUUGCAGAACAUUGCAAAUACUGCCGAUCUUCAAAUAUUAGGCCAGGUCUCACCUCUUGUCCUUAAGUUCAUGGAGCAUGAAUACGAUUCUGUCACCCAGCAAUGCUUCACUUUCAUAUCUCAAUAUUUGUCAUUUCUCAAAAAAUUCUUUGCGCUGGGGGGUAAACCAGGCAGUGCAAUUGCCAUGAAUUCGAAAAGGUUACCGUUGGAUAGAGAUCACGAGGAUUUUCUCAAUGCCUUACUCGCAGUUUGUAUGAAAAAGAUGCUUAUCGAUGAGACAUCAGACGAGGAUGCUACAGAUGAUUUAGACGAGUUCAACGAAACAAUAAGAUCGAAACUUAAAGUCUUUCAAGAUAAUGUUGCAGUCAUUAACCCUGGAAUUUAUCUGCAGAAUAUUUCCAAGCACAUACAAGAAUUAAUGGCCGGCACAGACUGGAGGCAACUUGAACUGGCAAUUUAUCAAAUGCAUAAUUUGGCUGAAAGUAUUCGAAACAAUUUAUUUGGUACCAAUAAAAAGGAAAUAGUCAAUUCUGAACCACAUAGAAUAAUGUGCAAAUUUAUGAGCACUUUAUUGGAAAAUACAAGCAUAUUUCAAAUUCAAAAUUCCCUAAUCCAGAUAUCAUUCUUCGAACUGGUUGUCAGGCACUAUCUUUUCUUAGACACGUCCACCAAGGAUGAAAUCACUUUGUUAAACAUCUUUUGCAGUGAUUUCGGAAUGUUUAGUAGCAAAGAGAGAGUAAGAUUGAGGGCGUGGUAUUUAUUCACCAGAUUCAUAAAGACAACGAAGCCAAAGCUGAACACAGAACUUUUAUCUCAGCUCUUAUCAAAAGUAUUGCAAUUAUUAACGAUAAAGGCUGUAGUUCAAGUUCCGGGAAGUGGAGAUAUUGACAUCACUUUUGAUAACCAAUUGUACUUGUUUGAUGGAGUAGGUAUGCUUAUAGGUUCGAGUGCGGAUUCAAACUUUGAUCUUUUGGAUAGUGUUUUGGUACCACUGUUUUCGGAUCUGGAGGCGUGCAUUUCGGCUCCAGUCAAGACUCCGGAAGUCGUUCUACAAACUCAUCAUGUACUAAUGGCUAUUGGAACUGUUGCGCGUGGCAUUCAUUCCGGAUUGGUCCCAGAAAACCAGGUGAACAAUGCUGACAUUAAUAAUAAAUUUAUCCAUAAAUCAUUGAUUGAAAAGUUUUCCAACAUCGCAGAAGUUAUUCUGGUCACAUUCUCAUAUUUCAACAAGCAUGAGACGAUUCGAGAUGCUACAAGAUUUUCAUUUGCCCGUUUAAUACCGAUUUUAGGUGAUGGUAUUCUACCUUUCGCCAGUAGGCUAAUAUCGAUUUUUCUGAAUUCGGAUUUGAAGACAUUAGAAAUGAAUGACUUUCUGGGGUUUUUAGGACAAAUUGUCCAUAUGUUUCAUGCUAGUGAGAUUUGUUACCAAUUAUUGAAUAAUCUACUAACACCCGUCAUCAAAAAGGUAUUUGAGCUGCUAGCACAGGCUGAACAAGAAUCAGAGUUGGUUGCUGCGUCCGGAUCUGUUGCAUCUUCUGCAAAGGUCUCUAAUGGGAAAAAUGUUGUCAUAACGGAUUCUUUUAGAGACAAGGUCACAUUGAAAAAAGCGUACUACAACUUCCUACAGUCCUUUGUCACAAAUCACUUGACCUCUCUAUUUCUCACUGAGACAAAUCGUAAUGUUUUGCCACUUAUUUUGGAAGAUCUUUUAACAUAUACGGCAGAUGAGAUUCAUGAAACUUCUUCUAUGAAGCUGUCAUUGAACGUACUUAUUAAUUUUAUUGAGUAUUUUGGCACAGGGGUCUGUACAGAUGCAAAGGACAUCAAUGCAAACAGCUUCAACAAGAUCGAGGGUCUUGGGGAAUAUUUUAUAUCUAAAGUGAUUCCAUUAGUAUUCGAAAUUCCAUUCAACCAAGUUUAUGCCUUUAACAUCCAAGACGGAAGCUGCAGAGUCAUUGCUUGCGACCUCUCCAGACUCUUGAAAACUCUUUACUUAGUGCAUGGAGAUGCUAACGAAAAUGCAUGUCUGAGUUAUUUAACUGAAGUUUACUUACCGCAGGUUCAGUUCCCAAAUCAGCUUUCCAUGGAAUUUGCCCAGGCACUUGCCUCUGCCGAUCAAAAAACGUUCGAAAAAUACUUUGUCAAUUUUAUCAGCUCUAUCAUGGCUUAG